AUGUCCCAAAGUGGACAGAUGGCAUUACACGUUUCUCCUGGAAACAUGGCGGUGAUCACGCCGAUGAAAAGGAACAAGCUCUGGUACAAAGCGCGCUGCUCUGACAUGCGUCUUGAGGUCGACUUUCGCUCUCGAGCUAGUGCAGAGGAGGCCUUGAUGGAGUCUGCGCCUGGCUCUGUGAUGGUCUUUGUCCAUACAGAGCCAACAGAGGCCGCCAAAGGAAGUUCACAUUCCACUUCAUCAUCUUCCAGAAGGCACUCACUCUAUGUGUCCUUUCGCUACAGAAGGACACGCCACUCUGCAGCGAAUGUUUGA